AUGAUAUUGUCGGAUAUACUCCGCGCCACGAGAGAAUGCAUACGGCACGCGCAUACAAAUGACUGCGCUCCGCUGUCUCGAGGCCAAAAGUCCCCACCAUGCGGCAACUGGUCACUGCAUACAGCGGUUCCACGAGGAUUUCUUUUCAUCGGUGAAAUGUUGAUGGUUCCACUUCCACUGUCUUCGUCCAUUGUAUUGAAAGAGUAA